CUUUUUUUCAACUCUCAGACUUAGGAACAAUUUCACGCUGUCAUCUCUCUGACUCACAUCCUAAAUCAACAGCACCCCUCGCACACACUCGCUGACAAACAUACUCGUAUCGUCGCACAGCUAAGUCAUGGCGGACAAAAAGGACAGCAAGACCCCCGGCAAGGUUCUGAUAAAGAAAAAAGAAAAGAAAGUGGAGAGUAAACCUGAGAAGAAGAAAGAAAAAGAUAAGGAUGAAAAGAUAAAAAAGAAGGCAGAAAAAGGCCCUGAAAAUCAACCGGAAAAAGAUAAGGAUGAAAUGGUUAAAAAGAAGGCAGAAAAGAGCCCUGAAAAUCAACCCAAAAAUGAGGAUACACCUCAGGGAAAUGGAAAUGUAGCAGAAGGAGCCCAGGGUCCCGGAAAAGAAGAGGAGUAUGAGCUGGAACCUAUGGAGCUUCCACCAUUUGAGAUCAUUGCAGGUGACAGAAUGAACCCCAUCUUCUUUAAGUUCCAAUUUAAAAAUGUAGAAUAUUCCUCAGGGCGAAACAAGACCUUCCUGUGUUACCAGGUGGACAUCCAAGGACAAGCAGAAGCAGAUGGGCUUCGUGGUUAUCUGGAGGAUGAACAUUCAGGUGUACACGCUGAAGAAGCCUUCUUCCAACAAGUGCUGGCCUUGUACGAUACGUCACUUCGCUACACAGUGACCUGGUACACGUCCUCGAGCCCCUGCGCGGCCUGUUCUGCUAAGCUUGUGGAGAUCUUGCAAAACCGCAAGACGCUCCGCCUUAAUAUCCACUGCUCUCGUCUUUUCGAGUGGGAGGAGCCAGAGAUACAAGCCGGACUUCAGGAGCUAGUUAGGGCAGGGUGUAAGCUACGCAUGAUGAGGCCUUUGGAUUUUGCUUAUGUUUGGUCUACUUUUGUAGAGAAUGAGGAAGAUAACUUUACACCCUGGGAAGACUGUCAAGAUAACUAUGAAUAUUAUGAUGAAAAGCUGUGUGAUAUUUUAAAGUAGGGUAAAGAUUUGCUUGCCAUUAAAUGAGACAUUACAACACAGCCUGGCAAGAGCUUCAAAGUAAACAGUUAAAAUUACUCAGCAAUAGAGAGCUGCAGGGGAGACGUAUUUUGGUAGGGAAAUUCCGAUGUUAGCGUCACAUGGGUUCCCUCGGCAAAAAGAUUUUUACAUAAACGUUUUUGAUUAUCAUAGAUAAGCACUGUGAUCAUCAUAAGGUUUUGAUAUUGUUAUGAUAAUCUUCACAAAUAAACACACCAUUUAUGAACUUUGAGUUACUAUAAAUAAAGAUAAUCUUAGGCAAUAAGCAAACUA